AUGUCGGCGGCGGCAGAGGCGGGGCUCGGCCUGGUGGUCUCUGUCAGCUCGCUGGUGCCGGUGGUCAUCAUCGCCCGCCGCCGGCAGCUGCGCGCCUCCUCCAUGUACCAGGUGCUGGCCAGUAUGGCCGUCGCCGAGACAGUGGUGGGCGCCCUCUCGGCCACCAUUGGCUCGCUGAAGCUGCUGGACGCGCUGCCGCCCGCCUGGCUGUGCGUGGUGGGCGUGUUCUUGCGCUCGUCCACCGCUACAUCGACGGUGGUCUGUUUCCUGGCGCUGAGCGUGGAGCGAUACGUGACCGUGGUGCACGGUCUGCGCUACUUUGUCCUGAUGACGGACACAAGACGCCGUAUUCUGCUGGCUGCUCAGUGGAUCUGCACGGCGCUCUUCUUCCUGUUCGGCGUGUCGCUGCGGCUGGCGCUCGGCGUGGGCUCGUCAGCGCAGAUGUGCGACCAUUGGUUCAGCAUUCCGCCGGCGUACCGACUCACCACAUCCGCAUUCGUCAUGGUCACCUACACGACCAGCAUGGUCAUCAACGUGCUGAUCGGCUGGGCGGGCGUGCGGCAGGGCCGGCGGAUCCAGCAGCAGGCGGACAGCGUGCUGCGCAGGGCCAACUCGGCGCGACUGUUCCGCCACCGCGGCUACUACGUCCUCCUGGUGAUGUCGCUGAUGUUUCUCGUCCUGAUCGUCCCGAACGUGGUGGUGAACGUGCUGCAGGCCACCGGGCUGGCACGGCUUGACACCGCUCACCGGGUCACCACCUUCAUGAGGCUGUUUAGCAUGAUCACCGACGGCUGGGUGCUCGCGCUACUCUGUCCCAAGAUGAAGGUGGAGCCGGUGACGGCCGCACAGCGACAGAUCCCGGUGCUGCCCAGCAAGGAACCCCGCCGCUACGUCCUGGCGUCACGCAUGACGAACAUCAUCCGCAGCACGGCGGAAACCACCGGGCACGCCGACCCGCUCAUCCUGAAGGUGCGGCUCUCAGAGAGGAGCCUGACCAGCUCCGGCCGCAUGCCCGAUGUGGAAAUAUAA